GAAGAGCGAAGGAUGUCUGCAUCCACCCGAAACCCUUCUGGGCGUUCAGGGUGUUUUAGUUGGCUGGCCUGCCUGAGCUCGUGUGUAGAGGGAGAUGUCCCCAAAGAAAAGCAGCCCUGGGUGGAGCCCUGUGGUCGGUUUCUGCUCCGCUGCACGGUCAAGGUCAAGAAGGGCCGCAGGAGGCAGAUGCGAGAACUAUUUCUCUGCUCCAACGUGCUGUUCAUUUCCAAUACCAAUUCUCUUCGAGAUAAGGAGGAAUGGCUUUUCUGUCUGCGCAGGGCAAGGACACUCACAGGGAAAUGAGGCAGGUCACUUGCCAAUGGGACCAGAUGAUUCCACCUCAGCUUCCAGUCUCAAGAAGUCCUUCAGUCUGGAUCUGAUGUCUGAAGACACCCCAGGUCAGCUCAUGCAUGGUCCUGGGCCCCUAGCAGAUGUCCUUGCUGGGGGUGACUUCGCUACCUGGACCACUUUCCCAUCUGUCACCAGCUGCCACCAAUACCAGGGCAUCUUGGUGGCCAUGGACCAGAGGAAGAAUGCUAUCACUACCUCCACCCUCAGUGAUCCAGAAAACAACUGGCGUGACUAUCUGUGUGUGACCCCCGAGGAGGAGGAGCAAGAGACUGUAAUGUCCCUCUGGGCCUCUGCUCACAUCGCAGAGUCUGUCAUGGCCUGUGGGGACAGGCUGGAUCCCAAGGUGCCUCUGUAUGACAGCUAUGCCCGGCAGCACCCCAUCUUCCCACUCCACAUGGCAGAGGAGGACCUCAUGGAACACAUCAGUCUGCUUCUGCAGGGAAAUAAGGACGCGGUCAGCCCCUUCAGCGCCUCUGUCACCACCUCUCUGAUCAUCUGCAGGCUCAUGGGGUUCAUCAGCACAGAUUGCCAGAAGCAGAACCUCGCCAUCCCAGAGUCGUAUUUCUCCUAAAGGACUUAGUCGAAUUUGAAUCCAGUCUUCAGCUGCGAGUUUUCUCUCACAAAAAUGGAUUUGAGACACCUUCAUCUCAGGCACUAGUGGAGAUUCUCUGUGCUGACUUGGAUAUAUGGAAAAUGAGCUUCCUACAGAAAUCUUGGCUCAUCUACUCUCCUGUUCUUCUAGCAACCCUUAUCUCCUCAUUAGAGAAAAAAAUUCUCCACAAAUUUCUCCUCUAUCUUUCAAUAUUAUAUCAAUCAUAGUAUAGUAUAGUAUAUUAUGUAUUUUAGCAAUAAAUAAAUGAUAUUCCAUAACUCUGUGCCUUAAAUGACUACUUUGUCCUGGCCUAUAGAAGCAUUUAGGCAAAGAUUCAGGACAGUAAAAUAUUAGGAAGAACAAAAUCAAUUCUAAUUUCACUGUCAAUCACUUUGAUAAGCUAGCUUAUCUUCUUCCAGGUAUAUUUUCAUAUCUUUACUGUGAAAUAUAACACAUAUACAAAUAGGUUUUAGAGUUUGGUAAAGAAUACAAUAGAAAAAUCUCACUAGGUGUGGGGGGGAGACAGGCGGGUGGUGGCGCACCGGGUUAAGCACAUAGUACUAAAUGCAAGGAUCUGAACAAGUAUCCAGGUUCGAGCCCCUGGCUCCCAACAUGCUCCAUAAAUGGCAAAGCAGGUCUGCAGGUAUCUAUCUUUCUCUCCCCUUCUUUAUCUUACCCUCCCUUCUCAAUUUCUCUCUGUCCUAUCCGAUGAAAUGGAAAAUAUGACUGCCAAGAGCAGUGGAUUUGUAGACACCAAGCAGUGGAUUUGAAGCACCGAGCCUCA